AUGCCUUCUACUGGCAGACGACCUGCAGGACCAUUGAGACUGCCAACUAAUGAAGAACAACCCAUAGCAGAUUGUGUGGAUGUGUGUGAGCACCAGGUGCAUGUCUUUAUGCAUGUCAGAAUGCACUUGCAUGAUGUGACACUCGGCAUGCAUGACAUCUUUCGGGUCACUAUCGAUCUCGACAAAACAAUCAUCUUCAACAACAACAUUGGCAACAACAACAUUGGCAACCGCAACAUGGAGCAUGAGGCCAUAAUGCAGCAUACCAGUAUUGCUGUGCACAAAAUAAUUGAUCUGGCUGAGGUGCAGAAGCUUGAGGUGAACAAGGUGAUGGAGGAGUGUGCAGCCUGGGAGGAGACUGAUGCUGAUGGGGUGUAUAUCAACAUGCUGAUGGAGAAGGUGCUGGAGAUUCUUGAUGAAAUCAUUGCAACAAGUGCAGUAAUCCUCAAGACCAUCAAUCCAGCAGUACUCUGUCGCAAGCACACAGUGCCAUGCACAGAGAGGAGAGCCAAGAAGAUAGUGUUGGAUGGUUUGUUCAUUGUCACAUUGUGUACUGAGUUGCAGAAGGAGACAUUCAAUGAAUGGUUCCUUCAUGUUGCUGCAACCAUUGUUAAAGGCUCUAUGACCCAGGAGCUGCCCCUAGAGUGGCUUAAAAACACUGUUCUCCCAAAGCAUUCAGCCCAUCCUGGUACCCUUAGUGUCCGUGUAAUGGCCAAUGCAAAAAUAUAUUAUGGUUCUGAAGUUCACAAGGUCGUUGAUCGUUUCAUAUCAAACGCAUGGGACAGACAAACCUUCAAUGGCAUCACAUAG